UGAUGUCAUGCUCUGGAAAUACGUGGGGGUUUUUGAGCUCAGCCUGCCGGGACCCAGCCGUGAUAAACCUCAUUGAGGUGCUCAAAAGCUGCGAGCAGCAGAGAUAGCAAACCGCGCUGGGAGCCGGCCCGGGAUGGAGCCCCGCAGCCCGGCAGCCCCAGCUGUGCUCGGGUGAAGCUCUGCGGAGCUCUGGGCUGGGAUUUGGGAUUCUUCCCGGUGAUUCAGAGCCGGGAGGCGCUCCCGGCUGGAGCAGCGAGCCGGAGCUCCCCCCGACCCUCGGCAGCAGCAGCGGAAAAUCGGGAAUAAGGUAAUCCCACCGGCUGGAAUGUCUGUGCUCCACUCUGGGAUGGCUCGCAGGAUUCCUCUCCUCCCCGGCUGCUAACUCCCUGUGCUUUUGAACUCAUCCUUUGCUAUCCACAGAUUUCUUUUUUUUUUCUCCCCGCCUGGAACAAAGACAAGCAGGAUAACCCGCUGAUUGUUUGAUCUGUCCACACCAGCCCGGAAUAAAAUCUCGUUUUUAAUGAAGCACGAAGGAAAGCCGGAGCUCAGCACAAUUCCCUGCCCGCCGGAGAUCCUAAUCUCGCCUUGCCGGCAGAGCAGAGCGGGCACUGCCGCUCCAUGAGCCGGCCCCGGCAGGGAGCCGAGCCCAGCCUGCUCCCGCAUCCCCGCAUCCCGCAUCCCUGCAUCCCGCAUCCCCGGAUCCCUCAUUGCCGGAUCCCGCACUCCCGGAUCCAGCAUCCCUGGAUCCCGCAUCCCCGGAUCCCGCGUUCCCGGCUCCAGCAUUCCCGGCUCCCGGGCUGCCCCGGCCGCCGAGGGAGCGAUGGAAAACCCCUGAGCCAGCGCCUGGAAAAUCCGUGCCGCAAAGGUGGGGAUUCUCGGCCGCCGCAUGAGCAGGUCCUGGCCGGGCCAUGGCCUGGCCACCGGGGCUGCUGCUGCUGCUCCUGCUGCUGCCCGGCCGCGCUCCGGCCGCGCGCAGCCGCGACUUCACCGCCAAGGACAUCGUCUACCUCCACCCCUCCACCACGCCGUAUCCUCGUGGGUUUAAGUGUUUCACCUGUGAGAAGGCCUCAGACAAUUACGAGUGCAACCGCUGGGCUCCGGAUGUUUACUGCCCCCGAGGCACAAGGUACUGCUUCAGCCAGCACAUGAUGAGGGCCAGCGGGGAGAGCGUCUCUGUCACCAAGCGCUGCGUGGCCCUGGAGGAGUGCCUGAGCACGGGCUGCACCUACAUCAGGCACGAGGAGUACAAGGUGUGCACGUCCUGCUGCGAGGGCACCAUCUGUAACCUGCCGCUGCCGCGGAACGCCUCGGACGCCGUGUUCGCCACGCUGGCCCCGCUCAGCGCCGCGCCGCCGGCCCCGCCCGGCCUGGCCACACCGCUCGCGCUCGGCCUGGCGCUGCUGGCACCGCGCUGGCUCGCAGCCACAGCCGCGGGGGCGGCGCAGUGACAGCGACAGCCGCAGCGACAG